CAACAGGCAGCAGCGUAGCGGUCGCGCCGCGGGGAGAGCGAGCGGCCCGCUGCGUGCGUCCGUCCUUCUGUCUGCGGGCCCUGUCAGCAGGAGUACGGCGCCGACAGCUGUCCGGCUGGAUGACUCUGGCCUGCAGUUCUGCCGGUGCAGCGGACCUGGAAGAGCCUAGAUGUUGAUGGACCCGCGAAGUUAAGUUCUGGGCUCGCGCUUCCACUCCGCCGCGCCUUCCUCCCGGUUUUCGUUGGCUCGAGGCACGGACCUCGCCCCCCCAAAUCUCGGACCGGCUCUUCGCACCCCGCCCCUGGGCCCCCUGUGGUGCGCUCGACCCCUUGGCUCUCCCGCGGCUGGGGGAGGGGUGGGGGGUCACCAUGGCACAAGCGCCCCAGGUGGUGGAGAUCGACCCGGACUUCGAGCCGCUGCCGCGGCCGCGCUCGUGCACCUGGCCGCUGCCCAGGCCGGAGUUUAGCCAGUCCAACUCCGCCACCUCCAGUCCCGCGCCGUCGGGCGGCGCCGCAGCGAACCCCGACGCCAACGCGGGCCUGCCCUCGGCCUCGGCGGCCACUGUCAACGCCGACUUCAAGAGCAACCUGAGCCUGCUGGAGGAGCCGGGGGACUUCCCGCAGGCGCCCGGCUCCGUGGUGGCGGCCGCCACCGGGGAUCUGUGCGGGGACUUCCAGAGCCAGGAGGCGGGCUGCCUGCACCCGGCGCCUCUGCCGCCUCCGCCGCCCGGGCCGCUAUCUCAGCACCCGCCGGUGCCCCCAGCCGCCACCGGGCCGCUCGCCGGGCAGCCGCGAAAGAGAAGCUCGUCCCGCCACAAGGCGUGGGGCAACCUGUCCUACGCCGACGUCAUCACCAAGGCCAUCGAGAGCUCAGCGGAGAAGCGGCUCACGCUGUCGCAGAUCUACCAGUGGAUGCUCAAGAGCGUGCCUUACGUCAAGGAUAAGGGUGACAGCAACAGCUCCGCGGGCUAGAAGGUCUGUUGAUACUUGUUUAUUUAGGUG